CAAGGUCAAAUCCCAAACAUAUCACAUACGGGUCUCCAUAUACUAAGUAGUAUAUACGCUGCACGCAAUUCGACCUACAAAUUAAACGUGCAUAGUAACAUUGCUGAAACCGAUUUGAAAAACAAUAUCACCACGAUCAUUGAGAUGUUUAUGGAGACUACGAAAGACUUUGAAAAUCACGAAUGUCUGAAAUUAAAGGAAAGUGAAAUGGGCAGGAUCACCAGUAACAAUUGUUACGCUGUAAUAUGCGAUCAGAUUAUCCGGUAUUAUGGUUAUGAUUACCAGGUAGUGGUGGGUGAACGUGCGUAUUUAGCAGCAGGUUUAUAA